AUUUUAGUAUUUUCUCUUCUAUGUUUGUUUGGUCGGACUCGGAACUAAACACGAUCUAUUGUAAUUUUUUAAAAAGAUUUUGUAAUAUUGCUGAUAUUAUUAUGAUUUCUAGCGUGAAUUCGACCAAAGUUAACUUUUGUCACCUCCGUAACUAGCCAGACCAGCCUCAAAAUGAGUUUUGUAGAUCUAGCCGCGCUGGCUACUCAUCGGCGCAGUGAAAUGGAAGCCAGGAUUGCUGUGUUGGCCGGAAAAUGUGAUCAGGCUCAGAGUAAUUUGAAGAAACUAAAAUUACAGGCACAAUGUUUGGUGAAAAAGCUGAACUGCAACCCGACGGAGUUGAAGGAGAACUUUCUGACUGGGAUGAAGCAGCUGGACGAGUUCAUCUAUAUGGUGACAGACUUCAAUCUGUCUGUUGGACGAAUUGAAGAAACAGCAAGUCACGAGUUUACACCAGUGCAAGAUGCAUCUCACACAGCACUUCAACCAUCCUUCCAGGCUUCCAACUUGUUUGACGUCCUCAGUGACCCAGUACCAUCCACAUCUAUGGCCAUGGCUUUUCCCAAGCAAAUUGUGUCUAAACCUGCCAGUAACAAGCAGAAGAAGAAAAAGUUACCUAAAAUAGAAGAUGUUUUGAUAGAGUUCUCCAGUACAUCUUGUUCUCAGGAGAGUGUGCCGCAAGAUCUCAGUAUUGAAGUUAAGGUGGAGCCUGACUAUGAACCUGCAGUUGAUGCCGUCAAUAACUUGACUAUUAAAGAUGAGCCAUCGUCUUCACCGGCAGCGGUAGACAAGUGGAACCUUCCAGAGCAGAGUGUUCUGGAGACAGACAUGGUGUACCAGGGCCUCAUCAUGCAUGUCGAUGGCAAGAGUCUGUGGAUCAUCACUGAUGAGAUUAGGGCUACCGAGCUAAUGGUAUCCAUGCGGGAAUACUACCUCCAAAGCGACGUGUCUCUAUCGCGCGCUCAGCUGCGCGCGCUGUCCUACUGCUACUGCGCGUACUACGACCACGACAGCGACUGCUCGUACCGGUGCAUGCUCAUUGCGUACUUGGAGGACAGCGACAUGGCGGAGCUAUUCCUAGUGGACACGGGCGAGGUGCGCUUCGCCCCGAGUGCGGUGGUGCGGCCUUUGGCACGCGCUUUCUGCUCCCAGCCGCCUUUUGCGCGCUGCUGCUACCUGGCCGGGGUGGACCUCAUCGAACACCACAGCCCGGAGUUGAUGAAGAAACAAGAAGACUUCCUGAAGAGUUAUAUCGGGCUACAGUGCGAUAUUGAAGUAGAUGAUAAUACCUCUGAAACUCUUGGAGUGUACAUCCGCCUGUCGGCAAAGGAACUGCUGAACCAAAUGCUCGUCGACCGAGGAUUCGCUACUCCCAUAGGUAAGCUGCAAUCAGAGGCGGCGGCGGCGCCAGUGGAAGCGUCGCCCGUGCGCGGUCCCCCAGAGAUGGUGCCUGAUGAAGACUUCUCACUGUCUGACGGACCAGAGUAUGAGGAUCCUUUGGAGGCUGUCACUGGUUACCACAACCGCGAUGAGAUAGACAUCUGCAAGCACUACAAGGGCGGCGCCGACCGCACCUGCUUCAAGGGAGCUCGCUGCAAGAAGAAACAUAUCAUGAAGCAUCCAGACGGCUGGACGCUAGACAAGAUCGAAGUACCCGGCAAAGGCGCCGCGACGCCGCUGCCGCCGCCCGGCUCGUGGCACAAGGCGCGCGUGUCGCACGUGGGCCACUUCGACCACCUGCACGUGCAGCUCGUCACGGCGCCCGCCGCAGAAGAGAAGCGCGAGUUCGGGCGCGUGCUGCCUCCGAAGACGCUGGACAGCCUCGUGCGCGACAUGAACAGCCCGGCCGCGCGCUCGGCGCAUCGGAAACUCAAGAUGGCGCCGGCUCCGGGCGAGCUGGUGGCGGCUCUGUACACGCCCGACGAACAGUGGUACCGCGCCGUGGUGCUGGCGCACACCACACACGACCAGAGUGUGCAGGUCCGCUACGUGGACUACGGCAACGAGCUCUGGGUGCGCGAAGACCAGAUCCGCGAGCUGGACCUCGCCUACACCGUGUUGCCGCUACAGGCCGUGCACUGCAAGUUGGCGGGCGUGACGUGCACCUCCAGCGACCCCGACCACUGGCUGAGUGCCAAACAGACGCUGCAGAAGCUGGCGUUGGACAGGGAGCUCGACUGCCAUAUUGUUGGUAGGGGCUACGAUGAGCUGGAGAUAGAGCUCUACGACUCCGAGGGCUACAGCGUGGCGGACAAACUGGCGGCCCUCAACAACACCAUCAAGGUGGUGGAAUACGACGUGGUCGACGACACUGACGUGCCGCAGAGGAUCGUUGUGCCGUAGACUGAGUUUUGAAAAAUAUAGCAUGAGUAGUAUGAAGUUUGAUUGACUGAUUGUUAGGCCCGGUUUCCGCCAAAGCGGAGAGAUGAGAGAAGAUGUGUUUUGAAUAACUAAUCAGAUUUCGUUAUUUUCACUCUCCGCCUUAUGCCUGGUAGUGUUCGUAUUCAUUUGCAAACGAGUCUAUAUUUGACAACUAUCGUAGCGGCUCAUGCUAUAGUUUACUAAGUGUAGUAUAUAUAGUUCCUAAAUCAACCAUGAUUAUUUGAAAAUAAUUUCUGCGAUAAUAUUGACUACUGUAGUGCGAACCAUCAUAUCAGAGGGCCUAGUGUAGGUUUGCCUAAACGUUAAAUGUACUUAAAUUCCGUAUUUCUAAAGAAUUCAUUGGUACAUGGCAGGAUUCGAAGCCACAACCUCAAGCAAGAGAGCCGGGACCGUAUCCGUUACGAAACUCGCCACUACUCGCUCCGCAUUCUGACCUCUCGUAAGUGCGAGCGAGAGAUGCGAUUUCACGUAUAGGUGAUAAUGUCAUGUAAGACAACAGACAAUGUUCUUCUAUGAACAAAUAAUAAUUAUGUGAUUAGUGAUUACAUAGAUAUUUAUUUUGGUACUAGAUAGAUGUAGGAUGACCAUUUGCUUCUAUGACAUAUCAAAUAAUAAUAAAUAGGUACUAACCUAAUACCGUGGCUGUUAUUUGUCAAGUAAAAAUGAUUAAGUUUAUGUUGAUUUUAUAUUGUACGUCAGUUACAAAUAAAGACAUUUUAUUAAAAU